CUCUUGUGAUUCCACGAUUCGAUCCAAAUAUCUCCCAGCGAACUGUUCAGCUCCUGCGCCUGGCCGAUCUAGGACGUGAACCCGGUUCGACUGCCUGCAUAUAUACCUGUUUCCUUUGCUCCCUCCUCCUCCUUCUCGCCCUCGAACCGACUCCGCCCUCUCGUUCGUCCACGCCCCACCUGUGCCACCUGUACCUGGGGGGUAUCUACAUUCGACAUCAGGUGGAAGGCAGUCUCUUCCCAAUUCGGCCACCAUGGAUUCCAUGCGGUCCCUGAAUACCUCUCUGCCGUCGGCCUCCCGUUCUCAACCUCCGGAGCAGCUUCUCCAGGCCUUCAAGAGUGCUGCCCUGUCUGUGACCAACCUCUAUAAAACUGCCAUCACCGACCAGGCCCAAGCGAGACAGGCCGGUUAUCAAGAUGCCAUUGAAGACCUAUUGAGUUUCCUCGACAGGGAGAAUCUCGGUCUGGGAGAUGGGGAAGGCUGGAAGGUCCGACGAUGGGCAACUGAACGAGCGGACGGGACCGGCGUGGCUUCCAGCGACAGUGAUGAUGAGCGUGGGGAUAUUGAGAAACCAACAAGGGGCUCGACUCCAGCAACUGCACGCAACCAACGACUAGAUACAGACAUAUCGACGCAGCCAUCUCGAUCCGCCUCUCCUCGAAUAGAGCCGGCUGCGCAACCCCAGUCGCAGCCACAGCCGCAACCGCAACAGCAGGUGGUUCACCCUGCAGCCGAAGAGUCGAAUCUUUCCGCUAGACCAACUAUUUUCACCUUUACCGCUGGACCCCAGUUUCCACAGUCCUACGAGCAAGAUAUCGACAUGGCCUCUGAGAAUACGCCAGCGGUGAAUAGCAGUUCAUCGGAAGACGACGUCUCUGUCUCCUCGAAUCUCUCCGCUCCGUCCGUCGGUGUCUCAGUCUUGUCUCGAAACCCUCGAUCGCAACACCGACACGCCAACUCUCCUCGCAACAACGCACGAUCUUCAACAAGAGAGGCUUCCGCUGGCCUUGGGGCUGGUCUGGGAUCGAAAAGGAAAUUCAACGUUCCCGACUUCUUUGACCUCUCUGGUCUAGGAGCGCGGGAUAUGUUUGGAGGUGGCAAACGCGGCCGUUUCACAUAGAGAAAGACGAUUUUGACGAUGGGACGAUCAUAUUCCCUUUUCUUAUCACGCAACGAUUGAUGUUGUCCAGGAAUCGGAGGCAACCCAGAAGCAUUUCGAGGAGUUUUUGCAUGUGUAGUUUCGUGGCCUUCCUUUUGUUUCUGUUUAAUUUCUUUUUAACUAUUUAUUCUUGCUUCUAUUUCACAUAUU